UUAGCAUCAUUUACGGUGUCGUCGGGUGACACGUGCGUUUUCCUAUGUCUUUAAGAUCUUCUUGGACUUUUGUCAACAUUAAGAAUCAUGACAUCGUUACAACGCCAGUUGGAAAGACUACGUAUUCCUGAAACUAAAAUCAUCCAAAUUCAGGAAAAAAAGAAAAAAGCAUCUUUAUUAUUUGACAGAGAUGAAGCUGCUCGUUUAGACAAACAGACUUUUUAUGAAAUCGGAAUCAAUGGUUUACAAGAACUGGAGCAGUUUGAUAAAGAAUUUUCCAAAUUCCAUUUGGAACUAUUUUCUGAAACAUCAGUUCUGUUCAACAGAUCAGUACAAAGUACAGAGAUUAAUAAAAAACUAGAUGCCAUCAUUAAGCGAUUCCUGCUCCGUUUGUCUCCUUAUUUUCUACUGAAACCUGCUCACAAGGCACUGGAAUGGCUUAUACAACGGUUCAACAUAAAUUAUUAUAAUGUCAAUGAAUUGCUGCUGUCUGUCCUGCCUUACCAUGAGGAUAAACUGUUUGUCCAAGUUGUGCGUCUCUUUAGUCUUGCUAAGAAUGAUAAGAAAUGGGGUUGGUUAUCAGGUGUACAAAAAAAUGGCAUCCAUCUUUCUCGUCAGACUGUGAUCAACCACUGCCUCAGUGAUCUAAGUCUUUUAUCUUUUAUACAGAAUAUGGUGUCUGACUAUGUUCAGGAAUUUUCAAAGUCACCAUCCUCAGAACCUCAGUUACGCCAUAUAUUUGCAUUCUACACCCAAGUCAUUUGUGGUAUCCUUGACCAGAAGGAGAUUUCCGAGACUGUUAUUGGACAAGUUUUACCAUUCCUUGAUGAGGGAUUGCGUUCAGGUUUUACUGACUACAAAGCCGGUUCCUUAAUGAUCAUAUCUAUAAUAUUUGUCCGUUCUAAGCUCACUCAACCUAUCUUGGAAUCUUUGAUUUACACCAUUGUUAAAUUUACAAUGAAGACAAAGGCCAUUUUUGAAGAAGCCAUGUGUUGUCUGGUACUAUUGUUCCAAACUCAAACUUUGAGAAGAUUGAAAAAAAGGGUUUGUAGAUAUUUGGUCAAUUAUCAGCAAUUGGUACCAGUUCUUGAGAAAAUUGGCAAAGAUUACAAACUUGAUAACUUCCUGAUGGCAUUAUUCCAGAACUUGGUGCCAAAAGCAUUAUCAAACUGCCUUAAAAUGUCCAGUUCUGCAGAAAGUUCUGAUGGAAGUAUUUCUGCACUAAGCACUCCAUUUAAGAGUGUUCUUACUGAUAUCCUGCGUUAUCUCCCCUUGAACUCGUCAACAUCCAGUGAAGUUGCAUUGUGCGUCAUUAGAGUCUAUGUGGAACAUGCCAUUGAGAUAAAACGUCAUCACAGAGAGCAAUUCCAGGUCAACGUUUGUGAGAUCAUGCGUGUAUUGGAAGCAAGACAUGCAGUGGCAUUGGAUGAAGCUGUACAGAGUUACAUGGAGAGGCACAAAACCUCAAAAUCCAAAAAGAUCAUCUUUAAUCUUCUUAAUUAUUCAUUGGAGUCUGCUCAACAUAAACUUCUACCCGGAACUGGAGCAAGUCUUACAACUAGUCUGUACCAUCCUUUAGCAGAAUUCCGGAUUCAAGCCAUCUCUUUUCUCAAGAGUGAAAAAGUCAAUGUGGCUGAUGACACCAGUUUCUAUGAACAAGCUUUGUUGCUGCGUCUUGCUGAUGAUGUACCAAAAGUGGUGGAGGCAGUGACUGAAUUGAAGCAUAGACUCUGGCAAUUGUUAGAUGGUAAAUCACUGAUUGAAGCUAUUAAAAACAUUCUUCUCAAGACGGACACUGAAUCAGAGUGGAAUUCCCUUAAGAUCCCUGCUAUCAAGAUUUUACUCCUCUGUAACAAUGUGGAUCUCUAUCCAGAGAUAAUCGCCAUACUGGCACCAUACAUCUUACACAUGACCACUGUUGACGAGAGUCUCUUCAAAAUUAUUAUUUCUAGUCCUUUUGCUGCUGAGAAUUCUUUCCCCAAAGAAUUGUCUGGCAAUCCAAGACAAUUUCUCAUUGAAAUCAUAUCACGGAGAAUAUUGGAUGUUCCUGCUCAUAAAGCACUGAGCACUUUCAAUAUGUUUCUAGAUUCUUUGCCAAACCAGUCUCCUCGCAGAGCUUGCUUCCUGUGCUUUAUGUUAGAAAUGUUCUCAUUCCUCUAUCAAGAACUUGACAAACACUUCAAAUCAACAUUUGACCUGUGUUUAUGUACAAUUAAAAUUAUAAAAGAAAUUCUGACAAAGAAACAAAUUGCUGGAAAGAUACCAUUUCAUGAAGAAAUCGUCUUGAAGCAAGGUUCAGUUGGCAUGGACAAAGAUGCACAGGUCAGACAUUGUGCAGUAUUUUUGGAAAAAUUCAUUGAUUCUCUGGCAAUAGUCGAUUCCUUAACAAAAGGUACCAUAUUUUGGGAGUACUACAACAACAACGGUGUCCAUGAUACUUGUAUACAACUGAUCAUUCAAUUGUUUGGACUUUUGGUAAAAUACACAGAGAAAUACAAGAAAUUUAAAGCUUCAGAAUCAAAUUUGGUCAAUGUCUUUUUUGGGGAAUUGGUCAAAUAUGAUGUAUUUGAUAAAUUCUUGUGUUUCUUGUGGACAGCAGACAUGCAGCAACGAUCUGCUGCCCACAUCAUAAGCCAGCAGCAAAUUUCUGCUCUAAAGACGGGCUACAUAUGGAUUAAAUCUGUUGAUCCGAACUAUGUCCACAAGUGGAUGUUGUCUCCUGUACCAGUUAUGGUAAGCAUGAUCGCUGCACUUGGCAGCAAGAAGUCAAUGAUCAGGAAAGCUGCUGCCAGUUGUAUGCCAGUGGUGUAUCCAAAGGGUCACAGAAAAACUCUUCCUUACCAUUAUUUUUUGAAGAAACUGAUUGCUGACCUGGACACCAUUGAGUCAUACGAGGAUCUCCCAAGAUUGAUUGGACAAGUGAUGAAUUAUGAAUCAAACUAUGAUUCUGAUAGUUCCAUGAGAGACAUAGACAGCUCCUCCAGAAAACGGACAGUACAAGACAUCUUCAAUGUGAUGAUUAUGGAAACCACUCCGUUCUAUAUAAUCAAGUCAAUGCUGGAGGCCUUCAAGGAAUUCAAUAAUAUGGAACUGAUGUCUCAGUUGAUACCAUUACUGAGUCGUUUGCUGGACAUGCUAAAAACCAAGUCCCUUACUCAAUGCCAGCACGAUUCCCUGAACCUGCUCUUAUUACGUUACAGUGCAGAGAUUGCUUCAUACCUAACAGUCGACUCACAAGCUUUCAAAUUGUUUGGUAAAGUCAUUAGUCUCAAAAAUUGUGCCAACCAGAAGCAGCAAUUAGAAAUUCAGGAAUUCGCUAUUAAAUUGAUUAACAAAGAGUUUUACCUGAGUUUACCAAAUGAUGACAGUCAACAACAGUUAAUGUCUCACCUGUUCACAGCACUUGUUGAAUCUGAUUUUGUUGGGACACCUGAAUUGAUUCGUAAGCUUCUGAAACAUUUUUCAAUAAAGUCUUCCUAUCUAUUGAAUGAACUUGACAUAUUUCAAUCUCACCCUGUCCGCAAUACAGUAUUUGAAAACAAACGGCUCCAAAUGUUGACUGGUGAAACUGAAGCUAACCAACUUGAUAGUCUGUCGUGGCAGCGUGUUAUUGUGGUUCUUGAGAUCCUUCAGAACAAGAAGAAACUACGGGAACCACAGAUUCUUUUACCCAUUUGUUUCAAACUGUUAUCCAGAGUUCUGGAAUUGGAAGAGAAUAACUCUGCUGAAUAUCUGAAGCAGUUACUGUUGUCUUGUAUCUGCAACAUCUCAAAUCAUAUGAUCAAUAAUCCAGACCAGCUUGCAAUUCUUCAAACACAAAAGUUUGACAUGGAACUUAUAGUUAAAUGUAUUCGCACAUCCAGCAGUCCACAGACCCAUCACCAUGCACUGUUACUGCUUACUGUUGCUGCUAAAAUAGAUCCGGAGAUGUUGUUGCACAACGUAAUGGCAGUGUUCACAUUUGUUGGUGGCACAAUGGUGAGACAAGAUGACACAUACAGCUUCAGUAUGAUAUAUCGGACAUUGGAAACAGUCAUUCCAGCUUUGUUAGCGGCCUGUGAAGAACGUGCCAAAUACCAAAAUGCCGAUGUUGGAACUGUUGAUGAUGUUAUACCAAUGGUUCUGAAAGUUUUUGUCGAUGCCUUCCCUCAUAUUCCAGCACAUCGACGUAUCAUGCUAUUUAAAGAACUUUCCAGAAUCAUCAGUCAGGGUAGACACCUCUCCUGCCUCCUCCUGCUUUUUGUUGAACAUGUUGUUGUUCAUAGUGUUCCUAAGGAACAGACAGACGACAAUUCACAGUCAUCAUUAUAUAAUUCUCAAUCUCCUGAGGGUCCACCACCAGAGCUGGAAUUUGCCUUGAAUUUAAGCUUCCAGUUCCCACCUGAGCAACAACUUGACGCUAUCCGAGAUGGGUUGCUGUAUUUAUCUACACUUCCAACUGAGAUAAAGCAAAGUGCAGGGAAGAAGAAAUCAGUCCCUGAAAUUGUGACACAACUGCGAUGUGCGGAUACUGAAAUCUUUAACACUGAAUACCACACAUCCAAACAGCUUCGACAUUUCAAAUAUUCCUCCGUGAACUUCUUUGUAAGUCUGCUUGAACGGACAGAAUUUAUCAGCCAGAUAGCAAAUACAUCUGAGGCUACACUUCAAGAACAUUAUGAGAAACUACUUGAGGUUGUCUUUAACUACUUAAGUAAGGUCUCCAAGAUGGCUGACCAACAGCAACAACUGCCAACAUCACGAUUCUGGAAAAUACUUUUGGGCCGAGUCUCUCACUUAUUAGAUAAGGUGUGCACCUUACUGCCCAAUCGAGUCUUCAUCAGUGUCAUAUCAACUCUAAUUACUCAUCAACUGACCACUGUCCAAAAGAAGUCCAUGGAUUUACUCAACACCAAACUCACUGAAGUAAUCCCACGAGAUAUGCACAGCAUGUUGUUGCCAUUGGUAACAAAACUAACAGACAUCGUUGAAAAGAAGAUAGUCACAGAGAACUCAAUGGAUGAUUCUUGUAUUGUCAUCUGCCAAACAGCAAUGUAUUCGUUGAAGUUACUGUGUCGUCAUCUCACAUGUGAUGCAGCAACCGAACUGAAGAAGACAUUAUUAGUCUCAAUACAAAUAUUAAGACAACGUGAAGACAGUCCACAACUGAUGGCCUGCUCCUUGCUCUGUAUUGGCGAAAUCUGUAGCACACCUUUUGAAGACCCCAUCGUACUGAAGCAGAUUCCAACAUUGAUGCCUAUUAUCAUGAAUUUGUUGGAUAAAAGAGAUUUUCUCCUCAGAAACACAUUGCUGUUACUGAGUACUGUCACUGCUCUACAGCGCCUGCUUCAGUACCAUUCUGUAUUUCUCUCUCCCUACAUUGGAAAUAUUCUGGAUUAUAUCUGCUGUUUGUCGUGUGAAGAAGAUAUUAAUAUACCAAACUUAGUUCUCAGAUUAAAAGGUGUGAGUGCAGUGAUAGCUUCCAAAGUUCCACCACGGAUAUUGGUCACCGUUAUUACUAAACAAUAUACGAGUUAUUUGCUUAAAAAUAAGUCUUAUAUUUCCUGCUUGAUGGCCAUUCUUUCUGACCAUAUCACAAACUCAAUGACCAAAGAAGAAGUCAACAACCAAUUCCUCCAGUUGGAACAGUUUUUCCUCACAUGUCUUGAAUUCCGACUUCAGUGUAAGGCUAGCAAAGUAGACAAUGUGGAUAUUGAUGGAAUUGAAGGAGAAAUUAUUAAAAGCAUCAUCAGUUUGGUAAUGAAAUUAUCAGAGUCAAAGUUUAAACCAUUUUUCCUCAAGUUUUUUAACUGGUGUGUGUCCGACAAAACCAAUAAAUUACGUGUGUUGGUGUUCUAUCGAUUGGCUGAGAGCCUUGCUGUCAGUCUUCGAAGUCUCUUCCUCAUUUUUGCUGGCCACAUUGUCAAACAUAUGGCUGAAGUAUUGGACCAAUAUAACAAAGACAAAAAUCCAGACCUACAAUGGAAGAAACACAUGUCCACCUUGCUCAUCUACGUCAUAGACUGUGCACACAAAUGCUUCCUUUAUGACACUGAUGGCUUUGUAAAUAAAGAAAGUUUCGACCUGUUGAUGACUCCUCUUGUUGACCAGAUCAGCAACAUGUAUGACAAGAGAUACAACAAACGUGUGAAUGACCACUUAAUACCGUGUUUAAGCCAGCUCGCUGUGGCUACCCAUGACGACACGUUGUGGAAGUCUCUCAACUACCAAGUUUUACUCAAGACUAAACACUCUGCAGUAAACGUCCGGCUGGCCAGCUUAACAAUGAUCAAUGAAUUACAUAAAAAGCUUGGAGAAAGUUAUCUAAAUCUGCUGCCUGAGACUGUACCAUUCUUGGCAGAACUAAUGGAAGACGAGUGUGAAACAAUAGAAAAGAAAUGCCAACAAGUACUGUGUGAAAUGGAGAAAACACUUGGGGAACCUUUACAGAAAUAUUUCUGAGGGUUUCAUUUGGAAACUGUAAAUAAGAAUAAAGGUUUAUUUGUUUAAAACAAAUUCUUUCUAACUGCACUUUAUCGUGUUCACAGCUGGAUGCCCUUCCAUGACUGGACAUUCUCACACACAUCUUAAUCAGUCAUGCUCAGCUGCACUACCUAAUCUCUGUAUUUAUAUAUACACACACACUCACAUAAUGAAGGCAGUUCAAGGUUAGAACUGUCUCCAUAGCACUUGUUGGCAAGGAAACAGAUUGUACUGGAUGGUCAUUAGCAGCAGCAACAAUGGUUACAAGGAAGUAAGAUAGUGAUCAGUGUAGUUUUUCUGUGCAACUCAACUGGUUUCAGUAUAUAACAGGCCACCCAAAGCUGAUCAUCUUUUAUCUCAGAGAUUGCAUGCUAAGUGUCAGAGGCCAACAUAAAACAGGUUGAGUAUGAGCUCUAUACUAGCCAGUUUAAACACUGAAAGAUUAAGAUUAAAAACUUAAUGAAAUAAUAAAAUAGUAACUUCUGAGUAUAACAAGCCAUUUAAAAACAAUAAUCCCUUGGUCUGUGAUAAAACCCUCUUGUUUUUCGCUUGUAUUAUUUAGAAAUAUUGCGAGAGGUUUAAUAGUGCAAUGGAUAGAACAGGUCAUUUUGAAAUUACAAGCAAACCAUACAAUACUUGUAUAUUUAAAAAGAGAAGAGAGAAAAAAAUGUUAAAGAUAAAGUAUUUUAUUCAUGUAUUGUCCCAACAACUAGAUAAAUAUGGCAUGGGAACAUCAGAAUCCAGAUAAUCUCAUAAAUGACUGCUGCAGCAUGGACAUAAGUAUCUUUUCUAUGACCAUGAUGCCUCAGAAAGAGAUCACAAUGCCACCUCACCACAUGUAAACAGUGCUGAUCCUCGUGUAUACUUUUACAAACAGACCAUUUCAAAAUAUAAAGAGAAAAAGGAAUCGUCUCUGACCAACACACACAAAGAGGAAAAGAAACAAUGCUAGUGUAAUUAUUUACUCAGAUCUCCUGAGGACAUUGUUCUUGUGUAAACUAUUUGGCAAGUGAUCAACAAGCCGUUUCAAUUGAGUCCAUAUUAAUCAGACUUAUCAAAGCUGAACACAGUAAAUGUCCCCCACAUUAUAUUCCGUUAUUUAUUAUGGGCUAAGUCAGUUGUGACCAAUUACAGACAUUUCUUUUUUAACUGAAAAUAUUACCAAAAAAAAAAAAAAAAAAAAAAAAUACAA